CUAGUGAUUUAAGAGAAGUUACGUCCAUGAUGCAUCAAGGUUACGUCAUUUUCUAGCCUGGGUUUACAUGGAGCGUAUUUCGCGCAAUGCGUAACUAAUACAACCAAUUGGAGAUCAGAGUUACCGUUGUAUCCUUCAACAGAAAUAUAAAACUGAUUUGCGAUUGGUUCUCGCAACUUACGCAUUGCGCGAAAUACGCUCCAUGUAAACCCAGGCUAGAAAAUGACGUAACUUCUCUCUCUGCAUCUGCACUUGAAAUUGGUUAUGCCAGACUCGGAGGUUAUGUGUGUUCUUUUAUCUCAACCUCCACCAGAUGACAUGAAGAAAAUUGCCAUAUGAUCCUGAUAUGCUAAAAUGGGAUAAUCACCGUCACAGAGCGAACCAGCGUGAAUCACGUUGAACAAAUUUAUUGUUAAUGUGGACUUAAUGGACUAUUACAAACUGCUGACUACGAUUUAGAUAUACCCCGACAAACCCCAGUAUUCUGCGUGAGUGGGAAAGUAGUGAGGAUACCGUGUGAUCUCCAGAUUAAACAGUUGAUUUAAUGUACAUACAUACAAGAUGGAAUUGAAUCAAAUAGAUCCUGACCUGAUAUUAAUCGUUAUAUGGAAACGAUGGCUAAAGUGGAAGAAGAUGAAACAAACGCGUCAACAACGGAAAGUUGUGAAACGUCGUAUACUAAAACUGUUUGUAAUAUGGAAACUGAUGGUGUUGCAAGAGGAAAACGCUCGUCACAGAAUAUGGGUGCGCCCGAUAUUCAGAGAAAGACAAAGGUUAUUCCAGGGUGCCAGUGAAAAUUUGGUCAGAGAAAUGGAAUUUCAAGACCACGAAAUGUUCUACAAUUAUACUAGAAUGUCCAGAGAGAUGUUUGAUGAGUUAAUGGUUAUUGUUGGGCCAUUCAUAGAAAAACAAUGUGUCGUCCGAGAUCCAAUACCAGCCCGUAUCCGGCUUUUAGUAUGCCUGCGUUAUUUAGCGUCUGGGGACACUAUGGCUUCAAUUGCUUAUGCUUUUCGAAUUGGAAUAAGCACUGUCUCAAAAAUUAUUUCUGAGACAUGCGAAGUAUUAUGGAAUACUCUCCACGAAUCAGUUUUCCCUGAAAUAAAUGAAGAGAAUUGGUUGAAAAUCGCGAAUGAUUUUGAGACGAAGUGGAAUUUUCCGCACUGUAUUGGUGCGAUAGAUGGGAAGCACGUAGUAAUACAGUCACCUCCUCGCAGCGGCUCAACGUUCUACAAUUACAAGGGAAAUCACAGCAUCAGUUUACUAGCGGUUUGUGAUGCCAACUACUGUUUCACACUAGUUGACAUUGGUGCGGAAGGCAGACAGAGCGAUGGCGGUAUCUUCGCGCAUUCAAACUUUGACCAACGAUUCGAAAGAAACCAAAUGAAUUUGCCAGAACCGAGACCGAUUGAAGCUUCUGGGCCCGCAUUACCGUUUGUGUUAGUAGCGGAUGAAGCAUUCGCUUUGACUCGUUACAUGAUGCGACCGUAUCCACGAAGCGGACAUCUGAACCGUCAAAGAAAGAUAUUCAAUUACCGUCUCAGUCGAGCACGAAGAAUGAUCGAAAGCGCUUUCGGCAUUUUGGUAGCAAAAUGGCGAAUUUAUCGUCGAUCGAUAAUUGCAUCUGUUUCUACUGCAGUCAAAAUUGUUCAAGCGACUAUAUGCUUGCAUAAUUUUAUUAUCCAAAAAGAAAACAAAUUGCCACUCUCUGAAAGGCAUUAUAUAGGCAUGCUCAACGAAGAGAGAGCCGUGAUAAACGGUGCAUUACAGGAAGUGAACGACGCAGGCAGAACUAACGCCCACGCCCGAAUUGCCUCUAGAAAUCGAGACGAUUUCGCUGCAUAUUUCGAAAACAGCGGGGCAGUACCCUGGCAGUGGGAAAAAGGUCUACUCGACGAUUUCUAAUUGAAAAAUCGAGAAUUUGAUCAAGUCUCUAUCAGAAUUUGCAACUUGCGAUCAGGAACCUACCAAGAAUUUUCCGACAACGACUGCAAAACAUAACUCUGAAUUUAAAAGACGCUACAUUAGGUUCUCCGAAGAACUCAAAGCACUUCCCACGAAUGUCAGAAACUUUUCUUAUUAUCGCUCUCUAACGUUAAUGCGUCCUUCCUACCUGGUAAAAUGGAACCGUGAGCAAAUAGUAAUAUGGGCGGUUUUAUGCUAGGAGAAACGGACAGUGCGGCGACUGUUGGUGUGCAUCGAAAAAAUCCAUAAAAAUCGUUUUCUCUUUUGUACAAGUGCGGUCCAACGUGGAUAAAAAUACGAUGAACGUGCAAUUUUGCUUUCAUACUCGCCUUUGUGGUAACCACUUCAUACCUUUUCUAUCCACCAUCGCUACUCGUAUUCCUAAAAAGUUUCUACAAUGAAAAUAAAAAUUCGCUUAGUGUACGGAGAACUUAAGACACACGACUUACUGCAAAUGUCCCCCAAGUUAUAUAUGUAUAUUAUUCUAUUACUAUCUACUAUACUACAUUGUUACUUUCUUUUUUCUCCUUUUUUAUUGUAACAGAGCACAAAUCGACGUUUUACGAAAUUGAGACGAAACGUUAGGGAUACGUCCAGUGUCUGAUACCUUCAAUUAUACCUCAACGAUUUUUCAAAAUUGUAUGAGUCAUUAGCACCACAUAGAUGACAGUUUCCAAUCGUAAAUGACAAAUUGCUAGUUCCUACGUUUUUCACGCUGUUAACGCUUUCUCUGCACAUUGAAGCUUCUACUUCCACAGCGAGAACAAUUGCUAAUUAAUAGACAUUUAUGCUGCUCAGGUGAUAUACUAGCAUUUACUAUGCAGGAUUUUACUAUUUCCCAACAAGAGAUGUUAUCGUUAAUAUACACGUUGACUUCCGUAAGUAUUGCUCAGAAGCCAAGCUUCUUAACUUUCUUAAGUUGUAAAACAUGCUGAUAUAAUUCCAAUUUGAUAUUAACAAGGGGAAGCUUGUGAAAUGCGACUUGGGCGAUUGUUUUCGUUUCUUCCGAAUGAGUGCAGAACUGUGCAACUACAUAAAAUAAGACAGCGUACUUUUUAAGAAUAUCUGAAGAAAAAAUUAUACAGCCAUUAAGAAUAUACAAUGCCAUUGUUAAACUUUUUAUUUCAUAUGUUUGCGUAAACCAGUACAAAAUUUUGAACUAAAACUUAUAUACUUAUAUAACUAUAAUUAUUAUAUUUGUCAUCCACCUGUUGAAACGAUUAUUUUUUUGUAACGUAUUGCGUUUUUGCGGAUGACUUACAAGUAAGAGCAAGUGCGCUGUGUGUAUACGUAAUGUAUGUAUGAAUGCCUCUGUAUGUAAAACUAAUUUGUAAUAAAUGAAAGGAAACGUUUUUAAUUAAUAUUGCAA